AUGUCCGCUCAGAACUCCGCAGGCAUUCAGACCCUCCUCGAUGCCGAGAGAGAGGCUCAGAAGAUUGUUCAGCAAGCCCGUGAAUACCGCACGAAGCGAGUGAGGGACGCCAAAUCCGAAGCGCAAAAGGAAAUCGAAGAAUACAAGAACCAGAAGGAGGCCGAGUUCAAGAAGUUCGAGGCUGAGCACUCGAGCGGAUACAAGAAAGCCGAAGAGGAUUCGAACAAGGAAGCCGAAGUGAAGCUCCAGGAGAUCAAGCAGGCCGGAAACAGCAAGGGCAGCAAGGUGGUGGAUGACCUGAUCCACGCCGUCGUGGAAGUGAAGCCCGAGGCGUCGGAGAAGAUCGUGGUCAAGACAUAA